AUGAGUUUUCUCAGCCAACUGCAGAAACAAAAGAACAAAUUGAAGGAAACUGAAACAGUCAUCACUAAAGUUGAUGGAAAACGAUACAUAGAGAAAGAUUCUAUGGUAACUGCAAUUUCUUCUAACAGUUACGGUUUUGUAGUUGACACGAAACCAGACAAUGUUCCUAUACUGAUAUCUGAUUACUUGUACAUAGGGUCGCAGGACUGUACAUCUGAUGAAGUGAUACAAACAUAUAAAAUCAAGCAUGUACUAAGUUUAGGUAUAAAUGUUCAAGUGUCAGUCAACAAUAAGUUCGUCAACUGCUUGGAUUUGCCUGAAACUAGUAUAAAAGAGAUACUGCUAGAUAGUUUACCAUUCAUUAGGAAUGCUGUGGAUGCUAAAGAGAAUGUUUUAAUUCAUUGCAAUGCGGGCGUUUCUCGGACUUCCAUGGUCGCCAUAGCUUAUCUAAUGCAUUACGAAAAGAUGAGCUACCAAGAAGCUUAUGAUCUUGUAAAAGCUAAAAGGCCCGCUAUCCAACCCAAUGACGGGUUUAAAAAACAAUUAAAGUCUAUGAAACCUGGAGAAAUAAUUUGAUAGAGUGCAAUAGAAUUUGGACUUUGUUGCUUAAUAAUAAGUGUUAUAUUAGCUGUAGUAAGUGUAGAUACUAGAUAGUAAAUAAAUAAAAUCUAUUUAUAAAUUAA